UUAAAUUAAAUAAAAAGCACACACACACAUUUCCUCGUUUCCUCUCUCCUCGCGUGGUUCCCUCACGUAAAAGACGCAAAGUGGGGGAAACGAAAGUGCAAAUCGAGACAGACGAGAAAGGCGCACUUCGGACACGGCUGCCUGUGUGAAGUGAUGCUGAACAACAAACUGACAUCAUCAAAACGCGACUCUCGCACCCAGAAGAGCCCAACACAUCCUAGAGGACAUUAAAACAACCAAAACAAGACGGACCGAGUGAGGGAAACACUCACGAGUCACAUAUCGGUGCGGGGAUCUGCAGCAGCAGCAGCAGUCGUGUGCCGCGCGCAUCUGUCCGCCCGUUCAGGAGCAGAGACGGACGGGCCUGGCGAUGAUGAUGAUGGUGGACUGCGUUGGCUUCCAGGCGCAGAUCGCCUCGAUCAUCGAGAUCCUGGCGAAUUCGGCCGUGGCGGAGAUCUGCAAACUGGUGGACGACGGCUACGCCGCGCUGCGCUCCCAGAUGGACCGGGAGCGCGACAAGAGCGAGAGGGAGAACGACGCGCUGCGGAGGAAGCUGCGGGAGAUCGACGUGAAGAUGCGCAGCCACGAGAGGAAGAUGAGGAGACGGAGUCCGCGGGAACAAACGCACGCCGUUCAUUGUAGGCCCUCUGAAGGCACGGUGGUAAUAGAAGAAGGAGCUGACCACCACCCGCCUGUGGUGCCGCCUCUUCUUGACACUUCUGUAGACAAAGCCUUCCAUCACAUUUCAAAGCAGGAGGACCCCAUGCUGUUGCCUCUGGUAAAGCAGGAGAAAGAGGAGGGUGAUGACUGCAACCUGGACCUCAAGGUGGAGGUCAACAUCAGGGCCGAGUGUGACCGGUCUACUGCCUGUUCCUGUUCCCCUGUGGAUGUCUGUCCAUCUUCAGGCAUGGAGCCCGGGGAGGAGUCCCCCACGAGUGACAUUGUUCCUGACACCAGUCUUACCAACAUCUCCUGCACCACCCAGCCCUCUUCCUCGCCUCCUGAUUCCACGAUGGACCUGACCUGCAGGCCUCAAGCCAAAAGUAAAGCCACCACACCUCCGGGCGACAGUUGGACAGCCAGUGGUGGGGGGGUCAUGGCCCAUGGGGGCGUUUGCAGGGACCUUGCAGACGUUGCUCUGAAGCCAGAGAUCCAGACAGAUGAUGCCACGCAAGAUGGACUCCAUCCCUCCCAGCUGUCGCCCCCUGACGACCCGAGUCCUGACCGCCUCAACAGUCUGGGCCUGGACCUAGCUUGGAUGCAGGAGAGGGUCAGCCAUCUUGGUGCAGCGUAUGCAGUAGCGCAGCUGGGUUUGGGGAACACAGAGAAUGGCCACCCCUCUGCCUCCUUCCCCUCUCAGGGCGGAGACAGUCCUGAUGGCCCUCCAGCCAUGCUCUUCCCAGGCGGCACCCAUGAGAUGGCUGCUUUUGCUGCGUCUCUCGACUUGGCCUCCGCCUCCGCCGCCACCGUCGAGGCCGCGCCACCUCUGCUGCCUCCUCCACCUACUUCCCCCACAGCUCCUUCUGCCACGACAGCCAGCCAAAGGCGGCUCUACAAGAGCGACUCUGCUGUCUUCCCCAGCGCCGCUGCCCUGGAGCUGCAGCAACGGGUGCACGCAGGGGAGAGGCCCUACACCUGCCCCCACUGUGGUAAGGGCUUUGCCCAGCCCAACAACCUGCGGGUCCACCUCCUCAUCCACACGGGGGAGAGGCGCUACCAGUGUACGCUGUGCGGGAAGAGCUUCAUCUCGUCCAGCCACCUGAAGAGGCACCGCACAGUCCACACGCAGGAGAAGCCCUACAGCUGCGCGCGGUGCGGACAGUCCUUUAGUCAAAUGUGUAGCGUUCGCAGACACCGGCAGCAGUCCCAGUGCGGCCUGUAGACGGCAUCUGGAACUGAUCCUGCCACAGUUUGGGCUCUGAAGGGUACGAGGGAAUAGCAGUCUUAUGUGAGCCAGAACAAAGUGUCCUGUGGUAUCAUGGCAAGUUUAGUUCAUGUUUGUCCUUGAUCUUAGCAGUAAUGUGUGAAUUCAGUUUUUUUAGAGGCAAGCAAAAGGAUUUUCACUGAAGCCUUCUCAGUCGUUACUCCUGAGAGAGGAUCAGAGUAGGGCUGCAACAACGAAUCGAUAAAAUCGAUAAAAAUCGAUUAUUAAAAUAGUUGGCAACGAAUUACUUAUCGAUUCGUUGUGUCGCGCGAUUAUUACGGCGCUCAAUAAGUCACGGAGUAUAAACAAAGUUGAGUUGAGCGCAGAGCGGCGCAGGAGAAACCAGAGCGGAGUGAGAGACGGAACGAUGCGUUGUGAGAGCCAAUCAGCGCUGAGCUGCUCCUGUGUUGAUGAAUCUAAUUGGCUGCUGCUGCUCACGUGGCGCUGGAUGCGGAAGUCAUUCACGUAGUCGGAGACAUUCAUGGAGCUAAGUGCGCCUGAGGGUGACGUUAUGACCCCAGACACCAGGGCGCUACAUGUCACGACGUGUGUGGCAUUUCCACAAGAGUAUAAUGUAGAAAACGUGGUUAUUUAUUCCGUGGCGGAUAGCGGAAAAUAUUUUUCCACGGAGAAAGGCAACGGAGAUAAAACACGACGCCACUCGCUCUGUGCGCUGCGCGUGCAGACAACAUUUAACAGAGCGGAGCAGCGCGUGCGCUCUGAUCGCUCUUUGAAUUAAGUGUCGAUACAAAAAAUAUGCCAAAUCACAUCGUUUUUAACGUACGGGUACUUUGUUAGUAUCGCUACACCGUGCAGCGAGACAGCAGCAGAUGUAGCGGACUAACAUUCAAGCUAACCUAACUUCCCAAACGCUGUGGACGUCUGAACGCUGAUUGGCCGAGACUCGACACGUCCCAUCAAAGAUGUUUUAUUGUGAAGAGCACCACUUCACAUUUUUUCCGCGUCUCACUGCAAUCUCAACGGCAGCGGGCCAGGUGAACAAAAUAAUAAAUCGUAACGCGUCUCUGAUAUUGUUCAGGGGGCCGGUCCACAUGGGGACCACUGCUCAGGAGAGGAAAGCUGUCAGUCUGUUUGUGACGGUUCAUCCACAUGCUGACCAGUGGGUCUCCAGGACCUUUCCAUGACUUUAAACCACAUUUCCAUGAUUAAACAUUUUGUGAAAACUCUGUCUAUACGUGACAAAGUGAGAAGAUGUAGUAUUUAAAAUAACAAUGAUAAUUCCAAAGCAUACCGUAUAUAUACCGUGUAAAUUAACAUUUGAAUAAAACAAAUUUGCAUUACUUUUCCAAAUAUUUUGGGAUUUUAUUUUUUUUAAAUUACUUUUCUAGGCCUGCUAAUAGCCAUUUAAAAAUUCCAUGACUUUUCCAGGUUUUCCAUGACCGUACGGACUAUGUUUUGAAUAAAGGGUUGAAAAUUAAAGUUUUUUUGUUUUUUUAUCCGAUUAAUCGAUAAAAUAAUCAACCGAUUAAUCGAUUAUCAAAAUAAUCGUUAGUUGCAGCCCUAGAUCAGAGUGGACUGAAAAAGAGUGCCUGAGACGGUGUUUUUAACACUUAAUCCAUCAGUUUGUCAUUUAUGGUUUUAUUCGUGUUUACAUGGCUAACGCACUUGGGGUCCCAUUUCCCAAUCUGUGUGCCUCCCCGAUUCCUUUCCUUGCUUCCUUGCCCCCACGCCUUAGUCCCGCCCAAGGGAGUUGCGAGUGGACGAGACGAGAGGGGAAAGAGGAGGCGAUAGAUAUUUAACAAAUGAGACGACCUCGCCUCGGACCGUCAUUCUAAAGCGACGACAAUGAAAUAUGCUGCAUCAGCUGUUUAGUGACACCACUGUACUUUCUGAUCGCUGUCAAAUGAGCACGACAGUGUUCAUGACAACUUCUAUAUUUACCAGAAAUUCAGUUCACAAUGUUGCAAAAUGUGACAAGAAUAUUUGGAUGUCAUGCAUUUUUUUAAAUUAACCCACACAUUAUAGACUUUAUAUAAAUGUUAUUGUGUGAAGCGAUACAAAUGUUCGUAAGAAAAGCACUAUACAAAUAAAGAGUGACAUUUAUAUCUGACUUAUUGAUAUAUUAUUAUUAUAUAUACACAAACACAGUCCGGUCUUUCUAUAUGACUUGAAAUAUGGCAAAUUAGUGCUGAAUGUAAGAGAAUGUUGACAUCAUAAUCUGUACUUGUAAACAUUGUGUCAGGAAUGUAGCAGUUGAGUUGGAUGGAUCCUACUGUCAUAAACACGCACUGUGAGCAUCUUGAAUAAAUAGAGUUGUACAUG